GCGGUGCCUGCUGGGGGAUCGCUGUCGCUAGGGGGACCGUGCCCCUUCCCUGUGUGCGACGGGGCGGGCUCGGGCUCGGGCUCUGGCUCGGUCACAGGGGGUACCGUUUGAGGGUUCAAAGGAAGAGAAACAUUGAUUAGCAUUAUUGUGGGAAAAUGGCAGCCACUGGCCAGUCGUUAAUCCCAGCCCCGCUCACAGGGAUUCCCUUCCUAAAGGCCUCACAUUUUCAGAUAGGGUUUGACCAUAGACCACAGGGAAACGUUGUUGAAUCUCCUUUCCGCACUGAUUUCCCUCUCUUAUGGGGCAGUUACAAACCAGACCCAAUUCUGCUUCCAAACUCCAAGGGUGUUUUGAAUCAGGAUAUGGAUAAAGCCAGGGAAACCUGGUCAGAAACCCACCUGGCAUUUCCAGUGAGAUCCCUGGAACCAAAGCCCAAAAUCUGUCCACCAGAAUCUCACCUCCAAAUGCAUGCAGAUUCCCAGACCAAAAUUUUCACCUCAACUGCAAAGGAGAGCUACCUUUGGCCAGACGUGACGCUGCAGGGACCAGCCUCCACCAGAGCUGAUUACAAUAAGGAGGAAGAUCAUUUUCCUUGUGGAGACAAAGACAAACUAAAGCUCCUGCCUUCUGUCUAUCGUUUUUCAUAUCCAGCCUAUGAGAUACUCGAGCCCAUUGCCAAAGCGCCAUGUGUACAUCUGGGAGGAAUUCCCACAAUUAAAGGUGACAGAUGCUCCUACUAUGGUACUUCUUAUCAAGCACAGUUUGAGGGUGGCUGGAUCCCUCCUGUGAAAUCCUGUGGAAAGAGCAAGUCUUCCAUUGUGUUUGGAGACCCCAGGAGCAGUGUCAGCACCAGCGAGGAGAAACAUGCCUACACUCUCCAGGACACAUGGAACCACAGAGUCUAUGAUAAAGAACGUGCUGCCUUCCAAAUACACAAGACGAACAUCAAGCCAGGGGAUGGUCGCACCAGAUUCUUUACUGUGGCACUGGAGUCGUUCCCACGGCGGGAGCUAGCCCCUGUGAAAGUUACAUGUCUAAGCAAACAGACUUCAUCGAUCCCCAAAGGCGAUGAAGACCUUGAGAGGAGUCGGGCGCGUGCGACCACCACCACUAGCCGAUUCUUCCACACCCAGAUUGACCUGGGGGAACAUCCACCUCAGCCAGACGUGCCACUGUGGAGACUACAAAGCAAAGUGCCCCUGGGUGACAAACAUUUAAACACCUGUUUCUUCAGCACGACGCAGCACUCAGAUUAUCAGCCACCACCCGAGAGCCAGAGGGAGGCGUCCAACAGCAAGAGCCACCUCGAGAGCCACGUGCCCUUUAAUUAUCCCACAGGUAAAGGCGCUGUCACGACCACACAGGCUAUGUUGGUCCCGCACAGACAGUGGAUGCUCCGGCCCUCGGAGGAGUUGCUGCAGCAGAUUAAAUACUCUCACCUGGUCCCACCAUGGCAGGGGCAGCGCUUCUUUGGGACUGAGCAUCAGGAUGAGUUCACCCCCAAGUACAGCGGCCCUGUGACUAUCUGCGGGGGGAACUUUCAAGUGAGCAGCGUCCCCCUGGGCACCCUGAAGAAGUACUGCCCCCAGAGGCGGAUGGUCUUUGCAACAUAACGUGCCGCCUUCCUAUGGGGGCUCUCGAUGCCACCCUCCAGGGGCUGCGUACAAAUAAACACAGGUGCCUGGC